AUGGUUCUUGGUUUCGAGGUCCUUGGCCUUGUGGUGGCCCUGGUUGCAGGGAUAGUGAAACUCGCCGAGUACCUGAUCAAGUUCUAUAAGAAGUGGAAAGGCUUGAGCACGAUCUUAAAAGGUCUUGAAAGGCAAAUCGCAUUCGCCGGGCUGUCAGUACCAUACGGUCCAACUGCUUUUCUUGAAACCGACGAACACUUCUGGCUUUCUUCUAGAGCUCUUCACGAAUAUACUGCACGCUCCAUCCACUCGGUCGCCUCGGAUCUUCGGGGUUUCGCAGAUGAGAAUCGGGCAACAAGUCUGGUGGCCAACCAACUUUUGGAAGAGGUUAGAGAGCUUAGGAGGUCGUCCAUGAUUCCGGCUGGCCGCUCUGUUGGAUGUGCAGAGGAGGGCAUCCACAAGGCCAAGUCCAGUGUCCUUACUGAACAUCAUUCCCGCAACAGCUUUGUGUCGCGCAUGACGGUUGACCGCUGGACACUUGCAUUCCUGGUUUGUCUGGCAGCGGUAGCAUGGAUCUGGUUUACUUAA